CACCAAUUGCUGAACGGGGAUCUGCGAAAAGACGCAGCCCAGUUGAAGCUCGUCUCCAUCGCCGUGCUCGGUAGUGGCGGCUGGAAUGGAUAGCCCGCAUGAUGCUACAGCCGGAGAAACCGCAACGGCAGCUCCUGCAGCCGAUCGACAAUGGAGGGGGGAGGUCGGACCAACUCAAUCCAGCGCGCCUUUAGCCUCACCGCGGAGAGAGGCUCGCCUGUCGUCUUCGAGCCGGCCAUGGGUAUGGUCUUCUCGUCAGAGCAGGAGGCGCACGAGUUUUACAACGCCUAUUCUUGGGAAGUUGGGUUCGGGAUCGAGCGGGGAAACAAGUAUACCACGAAGCCCGCAUGCUACAAAACAAUGCAGGAAUUCCUCCGCUCGUGCGAGGGAUCCAACAAGGAGGAGAACACAAAAUCUGCUAGGACAAAAUGCAAGGCUAUGGUCAGGCUAAAGAGGACUGCAGAUGAUGGAUGGUACUUCUCCACAGUCGUCCUAACCCAUAACCACGAGCUUGCAGACACUGCCGGAGAGAAGAAGGUGUGGAAGUGCCACAAUACCAUUGACUCGUCCAUCAAAGAACUGAUCAAGCAUAUGCGGUCUAACAACAUCCCUGUGAACAAGGUUUAUGGCGUGAUGUCUGAUAUACACGGGCGUCACGAAGAGGUUCCCUUCGGCAAGCGUUGUUUGAAGAAUCUAUGCGCAACCCUCGCACACGAUUCAAGCCUCGACGACAUCACGAAGACGCUCGAUAUAUUCAGUAAGAUGCAAGCGCAAAACCCUGAUUUUUUUUACGCGGUGAAGGUCGACUCAGAGAGGCGUGUGCAUGGCAUUCUUUGGUGUCACUCGAAGAGCCGAGCUGACUAUCAUCUGUUUGGUGACAUGCUGACCUUCGACACCACUUAUAAGAGUAAUCUGUAUGAGAUGCCUGUGGGUCUUUUCGUUGGAGUGAACAAUCACUACCAAUCUGCGCUGUUCGGGUGUGUUAUUCUCAGAGAAGAAACAGAAGACUCAUUCAAGUGGGCAUUUUCUACCUUUGUUGAAGCCAACGGCGGGAAGACGCCGCAGACGAUACUCACAGAUCAAUGCCGGCAGAUGGAACUUGCUAUCGCUCAUACAAUGCCCUCUACAGUCCACCAUUUGUGUAAAUGGCACGUUAUGAAAAGUAUAAAGGAGAAUCUUGGGGCAUUAUAUAAGAAAGGGACCCCAUUCUGAAUUGAAUUUAAUCGUCUCACGAAUGAGAUGAUGACUGUCGAUGAGUUCGACCGUGGAUGGGCUUAUCUAAUGGACACCUAUGGACUUGCUGGCAACAGGUACAUGGCACAUAUAUAUGAUUGCCGUGACAAAUGGGCCAAACCCUACCUCAGCUCGAACUUCUGCGCCAAGAUGUGUAGCACACAACGUAAUGAGUGCAUGAAUGAUGUGCUGAAAAGCUAUGUUUCGCUUUCAGCACCUCUCAACCGUUUUGUGCUGCAGUAUAACAAGC